CUUAUAUUUAGCUCUUUGGUCAUGAUUCAGGUAUGGAAUUGACGAUGAACCUCUUCACACGUUUUGUGAUAGCCAGUCAGCAAGAUCCAGGCGCACGAACUUCGGCAAAAUGGAAGUGGACAUGUUACUCAUCGUCUGCUCCCACUUUCUCCGCGGCUAAGCACGCGAUACCUCGUGUGUUAUCCGUUGGAAGUCUAGCGAGUUGCGCAGGCCUGUCUCAAGUCCGGACGCCCACGAAUGUCAACGCGAGCGAUAAGGCCUGCCAACAUUGCCACACAGCCAGAAGCGUUCAGGGUCUUAUCUUUCACUACCCCAUAUUACUGGGUUGAUAGGAAGUGCCAGCGUCCUGACCCUCAUCUGAUUAUUCCUUCCUGUCCACUUCGAGCGCGCGCUCUGCAAGCCUAGAUGUCCGAAAGCGAGAAAUUCGACAGAGUCCCUUCCAAAGUCGACAAUGUUCACACCGAUCACUAUCCAGCUCUAAAUGCCGACGACGCCCUUCUGGCAGAGCUUGGCUACAGAGCCGAAUUUAAACGAGAGUUUUCGUUGCUCGAGACCAUAGCCUUCGCAUUUUCAAUCAUGGGGGUAGUCGCCUCAGUAACUUCGACGUUUUCGUUUCCCCUGGUCUCAGGUGGUCAUGUUGGCAUGGUCUGGGGAUGGCUAAUACCCUGUUUCUUCGUUAUGACUGUAGCUCUCUCUAUGGCUGAACUUGCAUCGUCCAUGCCUACUUCUGCAGGAUUAUAUUACUUUUCCGCGAAGCUUGCGCCUCCAAAGUGGGCUGCCCUAGCAAGCUGGAUUACUGGGUGGGCCAACAUCACUGGCCAGAUUACCCUUGUUUGCUCUAUCGACUUUACUUGCGCACAAAUGAUCGCCUCAGCGGUAACCGUGAGCACUGAUGGAGCUACCGUGUUGAGUGCAGGCGCUACAUACGGCAUCCUUCUGGUUAUAUUAUUUUGCCAUGGUCUCGUCUGCUCUGCCGCAACCAGCAUUCUGGCGAGGCUUAAUCUCUUCUAUGUAGUUAUAAACAUUGGGACAACUGUCGCUGCGAUAAUUGCCUUACUCGUUUGCUCGGGAGGCAACAAAGUGUCAACUAAGGAUGCCUUCACCCUUUUUGAGAAUAGCACUGGCUGGACCAACAAUGGCUGGGCUUUCCUCUUGGCAUUUACUGCACCUAUGUGGACCCUGACUGGAUACGAUUCCGCCGCCCAUAUUUCCGAAGAAGUUGCAGGAGCCGCGCGCAGUGCACCAAUUGCUAUCUUGCUCGGAGUUGCGGGUACACAGAUUCUGGGAUGGCUCCUACUUAUCGCUGCCUCGUUCGCUACUGUGUCAGUAGCGGACUUAUUGACAACCGACCUACCCCUGCCGUUGGGGCAAUUAUUUUUGAACGUGCUAGGGAAGAGAGGCAUGCUUGCUAUCUGGAGCUUAAUCAUCGUUGUUCAGUUUGUCACUGGGGCUGCACAGGGCGUUGACGCAUCGCGGGUUGUCUUUGCUUUUGCUAGAGACAAUGCUUUGCCCGGCUCACGAUGGUGGAAACAUAUCAACCCACGCACUCAAACCCCUGUUAAUGCUGUGUGGUUUGUUAUUACGAGUUCGGCUCUGUGCGGUCUUCUGGGCUUCUCGACAACAGCGUUAACGUCCCUCGCAGGAGCAUCCGUCAUUGGUCUCUAUGUCUCGUAUGCCGCACCAAUCCUUCUACGCAUUACAUCUGGGCGGGACAAAUUCGUUCCAGGCGUUUUCUCGCUUGGUAAAUGGUACUUCCCCAUUGGCGCUAUCGCAGUUACUUGGGUUACAUUUAUCGUUGUGCUCCUUUUCUUCCCUCCUGCUCAAAAUGCGACUGCCCUCGAUAUGAAUUAUGCAGUAGUCAUUAUCAUGGGAGUGUUUGCUUUCGCAUCGCUCUCGUGGGUUUUGUCGGCCCGUAAUUGGUUCACUGGGCCUAUUAAGACCGUCGAUGAGCCUACGUCAUCCGUAGACGGGAAAUGGGUCCGUAGAGUAGACUUAAUUUGUUUGUGCAACAUUUGUGGGCAUUCCGGGCUAACGCCGUCUACGCUGGAACGAUAGUCAUUCCUCAUCGGGGUUUGGCGGUG